AUGUCGUUUCUAGGGUUCCGUCCCAACUCGCGCAGCGGCCACACGCAAAAGUCUUUCAACUCCCACGGUCAUCGCUCCGACGUCAAUCUUGCUUCGCAGCCACCCCCUCCCCGCUCUGGCCGAGCUGGCACGGGCGCCAUGGACAUUGAAAAGAGUCGGACCCGCCGCGAGAGGACCUUCAUUGGCAGCGAAUGCUGCGUCUGCGAGGAGAAUCUCGAGUACACGCUGCGGGGAGAGCGCAUCCUGCAGCUGUCCUGCGGCCAUGUGUCGCACGAGGCAUGCUUCUACGAGUACAUUCGCGAGUUCGAGUCGCAGCAUUGCCCGACAUGCGACGCCGCUCUAGCGCUUGACACCAGCAGAGGUGGAAACGUGCUAGAUCUGGGUAGGCCGUCGCCAGAAGCUGUGCCGAGUAGCCAUGCUGAUGUGGGGACAGAGAAACUCUCAACCAUUGUGCGUUCCGUCCAGAGCGACCCGGCCCCGUCUCAGCACUCUGACGGCCACCGGAGCGCUUCAAACACCCCCACCCCGUGGGACAACCAGACCGUCUCGUCCGACAGGCGGCAUGACGACGCGUCCCAUGGCCGUCCCCGCAAUGGCAGCAAUGCCUCGGCCUCGUAUUCCUCCAUCCACCACCACAGCCGCCAGCGGGAUAGCAGUCACAGCCGCGACCGUGGCUCAGAUCGAGGUGGCUCAAUCUCUCGUGCCCAUGGCCGCAGCGACUCAGGCGCUACGGGACUUGCUUCAUCCAACGACUAUGCCCCCACACACGAUGGCCGGCGGCAUGACUACGAUGUGCAGUCCAUGGAAACCAGCCUCAGCAGCCCGCGCGCUAUGCUCAAGAGCCCCAUCCCCGCCCCAACAAUCACUGUGCGCAGCGAGUUUCCCACACUGAGCAGAUCACGACAGCAGCAGAGCCUUACUUGCCUCGUCACAGUCGAAGUCGUCGAGGGAAAAUGGCGCCCAGACCCGGAUGACAUGCGUAGUGCUCCACCCCUUCCCUCAGUCGCCAGCGUUGCUGAGAGCAGUUACGCUCGCAGCAAGUCGCCUGUAAACAACAGACCGUCCGAGCCCCAAUACGAACCGGCAGAGGUUUUGGACGAGAUUACAGAGGACCUCCAUGCCCGCGUUGACAACUGGCACGGCUUGGACUUUUCGCGCUUUGGCAAGUUGCGACUCCACGGCCACAUCCGCGUAGGCAAAGACCGUCAGUCAUGGCAGGAACUCGAAUGCUAUCUCUUCUCUGAGAUGCUCAUCUGCGUCAAGGAGAAGAAGGUUACCCAGCCGCAGUGGGAGGGUGCAUCGCCCAUAAAAAAGACAAAAUGCACCCUCAAGGGCUCCAUCCUGAUUAAGAAGCACCUCAAUCAGGUCGAACACUCGCCUGACAACCUGAUUUUGACACUCAGCCUCUCCGUCGCAGAACUCCCAGCCUUUCACCUGCAGUUCCGGGACCCCGGCCAAUUAGAGUUGUGGCGCCGCGCCCUCAUGGACAUUCGUCUGGACUUUCCCGUCGCCAACCGCAUGCCCGAGUAUGAUCAGGACAACUCUGGAACAGAAGAGGACGACUACCGUCGACCAAAGCGAGUUUCAUCCAUCAAUUCCUCUUACGGCGCAGCCAGGUCGACCAUGACGGCGCCUACAGAGUACAGCACUUCGCGCGCGGGCAUGCCAGAACCCCGCCUCGGUGCCUCGGUACAUGUCCCCGUCGACAUUGUCGUCGUCAUCCCUGUGUCUUCGUCCAUGCAAGGCUUGAAAAUCAAUUUGCUGCGUGACACCUUGCGUUUCUUGGUAAACAACCUCGGCGAGCGUGAUCGCAUGGGCCUAGUCACCUUUGGUUCAAGCGGCGGCGGUGUCCCCAUUGUCGGCAUGACCAGCAAAGUGUGGAGAGACUGGUCAAAGGUGCUUGACUCCAUACGCCCAGUUGGACAGAAGAGCCUCCGUGCAGAUGUGGUGGAUGGAGCCAACGUGGCCAUGGAUUUGCUUAUGCAACGCAAGUCGAGCAAUCCCCUUUCGUCUAUUCUCCUCAUCAGCGACUCGUCUGUCUCGGAUACCGAAAGCGUCGACUUUGUUGUGUCGCGCGCCGAGGCUGCCAAGGUCUCUAUCCACUCGUUUGGCCUGGGACUAACGCACAAGCCUGACACAAUGAUUGAACUCUCUACACGGACCAAGGCGUCUUACACCUAUGUCAAGGACUGGAUGAUGCUUCGCGAGUGUGCAGCCGGGUGCUUGGGCUCUCUGCAGACGACUUCGCAUCAAAAUGUGAAGCUGAAACUACGACUACCAGAAGGCUCUCCUGCCAAGUUCGUCAAGAUCAGUGGCGCACUGCACAUUACCAAACGAGCUACCGGACGAGACGCCGAGGCCUCGUUGGGUGACUUGCGCUUUGGCGACAAGAGGGACAUUUUGGUCCAAUUGGCCAUUGCGCCAGACACAGGUUCCCCAGAGCAGGUUCCCCAGGAUCCUUGGGAGACGAUUGUAUCCGGCCUUGAAGCCCUUGGAGGCCCACUUGACCAGGACGACUCACGCACACUCAGUGUUGAAGAAGUACCAUUGAUCCAGGCUGAUCUCACAUAUGGUGACAUUCUUCGAGAAGGCUCCCUUGCACACCUGCCACGGCCAUCACUACUAGCCAUUACUUUACUACCUUCCAGCACAAGGAAGAACUCUACCGCGGUUCCCCCGACACCCCCGAUUCCGCCUCACCCACAUGUCGUGCAGAGACGUAUGGAGUUGCUCACGUCAGACAUGUUGACACGCGCACUGACGCUUGUCUCACGAGGCCAGCACGAACGAGCUCAUCACUUGCUCACGGAAACACGCAGUAUUCUCAAAGGACUGGGCAAGGGUGGUCUGCCCCCACUUCCACCUCCUGGCCACAGGCGCAACGACCCAUCCAGUGCAAAUGGCAGCACAGGAUCAGCAUCGCCCACGACGCACAGCGCCAGUGGGGAUCCUCGGGCACGAACACCUUCACCACAUGCCGACAGCCCCUUUACGCCCGCCGCCGGAAUUGAUGUACGAACCAUGCAUGCCCUUGACGCAGAACUCGAAUCCAGCCUUGAGUGGAUCAACCACCCUGCUGUGUUUGGGCGGGAUUCGCGCAAGGCGGUACUUCAGGCCAUCGGCGUCAUUUCAUCACAACGAGCCUAUACGUUCAGGUCUCCAGCCGAGUCUCUCUGGGCAGAGCGCAUUGCUGGCAUCAAGCGUCUGUCCGAGCUCUCGCGCGACUGGCGCGAAACCGGAGACCAAGAAGCAUUGAUGGAGGAGAACUAA